ACUCAAAGCCAUGUUUACACCUCACACACAAUCUUAUCCAUUUUUUUUGCAACAUCACCGUUACGCAGAGGAAACCGUCCGUCGCGCUACAGUGUCUGGGAGCCAUCUAGCUUGCUAAAAGAGGGUGAUAGGGCAACCACUAUCUCCAUUUCGGGACGUUGUGUUAUCAAAUGAGGAUGCUGAGCUCAGGUCUAUCAUCUGACAUGUUUAGCUCUAUCUAAUCUGUUCAUCUGGUUUUUGAUUUGGGGAGGGUUGCCACUGGGAACCCUCCACAAGCCAACACAGGCAGACAGAAAACGAAUAUUUAGUAUUUUCAGGGUCAGGGUUGGUUUGAGUUUCAGAGUGGAUUUUGCCUCUCUUCCUUGGCGUCUUUGAAAACAGUGCAGUCAGCCAUUUGGGUGUCUUUUUUACUGUACUGCUCUGCUAAUCUCUGAGCUAUUUUGAUAUCGUGGUGCGCUGUACCCCCCUAGCCCUCCUUUGGCUAUAACCAACCAUGUACAACAAUGGUUACUCCCAGGUCUCCAAGUUCAGCUUGGAGGCCCAGAAGAGGAAGAUGCAGCAGCGUCCAAAGGGCAAGAGCUGCGGCUACUACAUGCGCAUCAUCUUCUUCUUCUCCUCACUCAUCCAGUCCCUCAUCAUCGUGAGCCUGGUGCUCUUCCUAGUCUAUGGUAAGCAGCAGGACUCGGCAUCCACGGCGCGCCUUCAGGACCAGGAUGAAAGGCUCCAACAGCUCUUCGUGGAGAAGGAGACCCUCAGGCUGCAGAAGGAAAAUCUCACCACUGUACUCAACAUCACCUUGACAGAGAAGCUAUCCAACGACAGGGUCCUAACCCGCCUUCGCUCCAUGGCUAACAUCUCAAUUAACAUUAUCAACACUUUCAACGCUAAACUGGGUGAAUGCAAUAUGGAGUUGCUAUCUGGUAGGGCCACAAGACCAGCAGGGUGCCCUCCCUGCUCUGGAUCCAUUCUUGGUAACUGUAAUUGUGGAGUGCAGGUUGAACAGCUGAGAGCCAAAGCUGAACUUUUGCGGUCCAACUUCACCCAGACCACUCAGAUGUUGAGGAUAGAAAUGGACCAGGUCUCCAGGGAACGGGACAACAUCAAUCUGGAAGCCAUUAAGCUGCGAAGGGACAAAUCCAUGCUCGAGGAGGAGAUGGCGGCCUAUCGGGCAAAGUGCAAACAAGACUUCGCCAAUUCAUUGAGUGGCAUCUCAAACGUCUCACGGGCCUUCUUGGGGAAAAUCGAUACUCUCUUCCCACAGCACAUUCCCUUCCAGCUGACCUGUCAGAAGCAAAGGGAAAACCUGGAGCAGAUACGCAACAAUUGCACUAGCUUGUCCCGCGAGGUGGAGGACAAGUUCCAGCGUUAUCUGGACAGUGUGGGUGCCAAGGUGUCCCAGAUCCAGGCUGAGAGCAGCCAUCUGAAGGUGGAGAACAAGCGCCUGUCUGAAGACCAUCACCAUUGCAGCCUGAAUCGGUCAAAUCUAAUUUAUGAGCACAGACAGAAUGUGCAGAAGGUCCAGCUGAAAUGUGAUAAGGAGAAGGAGAAGGUCCUGAUGGAGAAGAAGAAGCUCACUGGGGACAAAGAGCUGCUGCAAAUCAACAACAACUUGAAAGACACAGAGAUCAGAAACCUCAAGGACCAAAUUAAGCAGCUGAACGCCUCCUGCCCCACCAAGCGCGGUUUUGGCCUGUUUCCAAGUUUAACUAACAUGGGAAACGUCGGAUUUGGGCAGAAUCCGUUUUUAAGGACAGGAUCAGCUGGUUCCAGCACAAGCCUUGGCUCAACUGGGACAGGUUUGAUUAAGCCAGGGUUGAAUGGGAUAGGUUCAACAAGCCUCGGAUCAAAUGGGUUAGGUUUGAAUAAGCUAGGUUCAAAUGGAGUUGGUUCGUCAAGCGGCGGGUCAGCUGGAUCAAGUUCAAGCUUAGGCACAUUUGGAUUAGGAUCAAGUAAGCCAGGUUUGAGUGGAGUUGGCUCAAAAGGCUUUCAGACAAAUGGAUUAGGCUCUCCGAGUUUAAGUUCAAAUGGUCAGGGUUCAUCAAGCUUCGGGUCCACAGGGUUGCUUUCAACAGGAACAGGGAAAAAGCCAGGUACAUCUGGGCUGGGUUUGGAUGCAGGGCUGGGUAGUACAGGAGUCGGUAGUACUGGUUUGAGCAAUACUAGACUAGGUGGGGCAGGUGGGACAGGUAGAACUGGCUCUAGCAGCACUGGGCUGGGGACUUUGCCAGGGAUUGGGACAAGCACAGGCAGCAGCAAUACAGGACAAAGCAAGCUAGGGACAAUUUCAAUGGGUUUUGGUCACAAAGUGCCCACUGGAACUGGACUGGGGUCAACGGGCACAACUGGAUGGAAAACAGGAGGAUUUGGGGGACUAGAGUCUUUGGGUCAGGGCAAUAGGGGUUCAACCUCCUUAGGAACAAGUGGCACUCUUGGAUGGGGAUCAAAUGGGGGAACUGGCUUUGGGAAGCAGGAAGGAGGUGGAUCUUUAUUCAACAGUGGAAGAGCAGGUGCACUGGGCGGUGGGCCUAGCUCAGGUACAGUGAAUCUCUAUCAGCAUCUUCAGGAGCUGCAGCGCUUCGCCAACCCUUCUGCAUCAAAGGAGAAACCAGAUGCAUCCAGAACAUCUGGCUAGUCCGUCAGAUUCCUGCAUCGAAAUCCAAAAUUAUUGUAAAAGGAAAAAAAAAAAAAACCUAAAUGAAUAAAAGAAAAUGUACAUGCUUUAGUUCCACCUAUAAAAAGAAAUGUAUACAAGCUAAGCUCCUCCUAUUGAGUUCACAUAUUUUGCAAAAUGUAUGAUACACGUUUUACCACCAUAUGAAUGAAACAUAUGUUUAUAAAUGCAAUCUUUGUGAAUUUGAUCAACUCUUUGCACUUUUUUGUUUGAUAAAAUGUGAAAUGGAUGUGUUUAUAGACCUGUCAAACUAAAAAUAAACUGUAAAUAAUUUACCACAAAUAAGCUGUUUAUAUAAACACUUGAAAUAAAAGCACAUUGUCUU